CCUCGUCUGUGGUUUAUAUCGUCCUAACGCAAGGAUCGCCUUCCGCGCCUCUACAGCCAGGUGUCUGAUUCGAGAGUGUUCCAUGUCUUGUAAGUGCACUGUUUUGUAAGUGUUUGUGUAUAAAGUGUGCUGUGUGAGUGAUAAGUGUCCCUUGACCGUACAUCGUCAGUGUAUUAGAGUUAUGUAAAUUGAUCUGGCGGGACAAAAUGGAUAUUUGGAUGGAGGAUGUGGUGUCGAUGAUGUCGACAGAUGGGACAGGAAUGACUCCCACACCCCGCAUCAAGAAGGAAGAGGACCCUGCCAGCUUCCAGGCAUGCUCCCCGUCCAAUAGCAACAUGUACUCCCCCACCACUACUGUCUUACAUAAUGAUAUGGAGUACUGUGAGAGCCAGGAUUCACGGAGAUACGAAGUUUCGCAGUCCAGGUCUCCAGGCAGUCCUGACAGGCAGUACUGUUCCUCUACUACACAACCCCUGGGUGACUCUAUGCUUGGCCAUGCAGAGGAAGGGAUGAAGGAGGAAGACCUCCCUCGAAGGUUGUGCCUUGUUUGUGGGGAUGUUGCAUCAGGCUUCCAUUAUGGAGUAGCUUCAUGUGAAGCAUGCAAAGCAUUUUUCAAGAGGACCAUUCAGGGAAAUAUUGAGUACACUUGUCCUGCAUCAAACGAUUGUGAAAUCAACAAACGACGAAGAAAAGCUUGUCAGGCAUGUCGCUUCCAAAAGUGCCUGCGAAUGGGCAUGUUGAAGGAAGGUGUGCGGCUUGACAGGGUGAGAGGGGGUCGGCAGAAAUACAGACGCAACCCCGAGCUACCUUAUCAAGUGCAACCCUUGCCACCCAUCAAACCCACCCCAACACUUGAAGAGAACAAGAUGCUAGAGGCACUGUCAUCAUGUGAACCUGAAAUGCUGCUGGCCUCUCAUGAUUCCAGUUUGCCCGAUCCAGAGCUUCAUAUCAUGAGCAUAUUGAGUGAGCUGUACGAUAAGGAAUUAGUGGGCAUCAUAAGCUGGGCCAAACAGAUUCCAGGGUUCACUGACCUCUCUCUCAAUGAUCAGAUGAGGCUUCUCCAAAGCACAUGGGCAGAAAUCCUAACUCUUACACUCACGUACAGAUCCUUAUCAUGUACAGGAAAACUAAGGUUUGCGUCAGACUUUACACUGGACGAGAAACAAGCCCGAGAAUGUGGCGCCAUCGAGCUGUACCAACACUGUAUGCAGGUUAUUGAAAGGUUAGAGAGACUGAGCAUUGCCAAGGAGGAGUACUACAUAAUGAAGGCCCUGGUUCUUGCAAAUUCUGAUGUGCGCAUGGAUGAGUUUGCCUCACUCAAAAAGUUUCGGGACAACAUCCUUUCAGCACUUUCUGACUGUGUUGCAGUCAUACGACCAAACACAUCAACAUACCAUAUGCACCAUCUCCUGCUGUGCCUGCCAUCUUUACGUCAAGCAGACCAAGUAAUCAGACGGUACUGGACAGGUGUUCACCGUGAGGGCAAGGUACCCAUGAACAAAUUGUUUGUUGAAAUGCUGGAGGCUUACUUCCGAUAGGAAAGACUUGCUUGCCAUCAGAAACGGCUUAGUGUGGUUGGACAUCAGGUCUGUGUUGAUCAGUAUUAUUGAGAUGUGUCUGCAUUAUGUGAUAUGUAUCCAUCAAAGUGACAGGAUCUUCGAAAAAGAAACCAGUGGUUUCCAAAUGUGAAUAACACUCAAAAGAAUGUUGGAAACAUGCCACUUUUAUUGACUGGUAUUUGCAGCCAACUCAAAAUGAAAAAUGAUUGUACAACACCUGGUCAGUAAAUGAGGGUAAGCUUUUGUUGCAAAAGAGUUUGAUUAUAACCAAAUAUACUUGCUCAAGUCAUGAAGAGCAAGUGAAUGUUUUGCAGAUUUUUUAUUCAAAGUAAGAUAUUUUAAAUUUUAAGGUGGAAAGUUAUCCCAUAUAAGAAACAUAUGUGGAGUUUAAAUUUUAACCCUUUGUGGUCUGCUUAACAAGACAUAAUUUUGUCUUCAAGCAUUGAUAUUAUUUUAAGACUGAAGGCACAAAAGAAAACAAGUUAGCAUUUGUACAUAUUUCGCUCACAUUUACAAAUGUUUCUUUAGAAGCUUAUAAUAGGUUUAUAUUUUAAAAAUUUUCUGAAAGUUUUGCACCUCACACAUCAUAUUUACAUUUUCAGUAGCGUGUUGUCUGGGUUCAUGGCUGCAGAUCUCACAAUAAUGUAUUUUCUCAUUCUUGUGAACCUUCCUGUCACUGCAUUCUGCAUAACCAUUCCCCUGUUUACAUCAGACUUAUGUAUAAAAUGGCACUUCUUGCUCACAUGUUCUUUGUCAUCAGUAAAGAAAAGGUUCGCUACCUAGCUAUUCAGCCAGAUUCCUCGUAGGUUCAGAUAAAUCAGCAGAUUCAAGUUAUCUUUCUUCCUGUUGCAGUUUGUUAUAAUGAGGGGAAUUCACAAAUCACACCUCCAACACCUGGAAGAAUAAUGUUUGCCAGCAUGUGUGUGACUUCUUUGUGAAACCAUAACUUGCAGUGUAAUGGUCUGGCAUGCCAUCUGUUGCCAUAUGUGUUGAGUAAUUAGAAACAACUUUGGUUAGUCUAGUUCUUCAUUCACCCUUCUUGCUUUUGUAUAUCCUUGUUGUGAAUGUGUUCAGCUUGUGGGCCAUCAUGUUGUCACCUUUAUGAAAGACAUAAAUAUAACUUUUUUCAUUCUCUUGAACCGGUUUACUGCACCUUUCCUGCUGUUUAUGGGUCCUGUUAGGUGAAUUCCAGUUCCUCAAUAGCUCCUUUAUCACUUCACUGCUGGCAUAAAAAUGGUCCAUAGGCAAAUGAAACCCAUCUUCCCCAGGAGGUCAUUACUGUCAGAUAAGUGGAGCACAGUUCUUGAUGUAAAUGGAAGAUCCAUCAUGAUAAGCCUUUCUGUCAUUUCUCUUUAAAUGUAUGGUCAUGUGUUUAUGGCGCCAUGACUUAAUAACAGGUUCUGGAUUGGAUGAUUGGAUUUAUUGACACCUCCUUUACAAUCUUUCUGAAUUACAAUCAAUUACAAUAACUCACAAUCAGUCUUCAGUUGAAUCCUUCUUCCUUGAUUGCCAAGGAUGUUCCAUUCUUGUUCUCAUCCUUAGUCUAUCACUGACAUUUGAGUCUUGAGUCUUUCAGAGUCGUACAUUAUGACUGAUAGUCAGUUGGCAAGUCUGUCUUGGAAUAAAGCACCCAUCUGGGGCUUAUGACUAGAUAUUUAUUACUGGCAGACAGU